GGGUCGCUUCUGGAGCUGUCUACACGCUUUCCUGUUCACAAACCUCACUGUGUGUAUGUCAGUCUCCGAGUCUGUACACAAUCACCAGUCUUCGUCCUCACUCCGCGACUCUUGAACGGCAUCAUUCCCUGCACACGCUCUCCCGCUCCUCGCACCUCUGGCUGCGCAAAGCUCGUAGCACAUACAAAGCGUCGGAUACCCUCUGCAAGAGUCCCUUCGAUACCCUGGAUCAACUCCCUGCAUAGCUAUGGCACAGCAACUUACAGGAAGUGCUGCCGCACCAGCAUGGAGGCAAUUCCCGUUCUUCGACCAAGUACCAGUUAAGGACAUCCACGACCUUGGCAGCGCACCAGAAGUGUUCCAGAAAACACCAGAAAUAUCAACCAUUGCCGCGUCUUCUGUCGGUCUAAUAGUCGCGGACAUCCAUGGCAGUGUGUACCUUCUCAACCGGGACUUUGAGAUUGCGAAGAGCUGGAUCGCGCACACCGGCGGCCGGGUAACGCACAUGGCGGAGCGGAGGGGCAUCCUGAUCACGCUUGGUGAAGAAGAUGCUGCGCGACAUCCCUUCUUGAAGGUUUGGGACCUGCAGAAGUUCGACAAGAAGACAGGAAGCCCGCUGCUGCUCCGCUCAGCGAAGGUUCAAGGCGGAAACCGUCCCCAUCCCGUCUCUACCAUAGCCCUUUCAGCCACCUUAUCUUACCUCGCCAUCGGUCUUGGAGAUGGAACGGUUAUUCUCUACCGCCACCUCGACCAGUCCAUCUACUCCACUUCCGGCUCGCUCAGCACCCUCCCUAGACCGCGCGUUAUCCACGAGUCCCCAACCGAGCCUAUCACAGGUCUCGGCUUCCGCGAACCUACAGAAGAAAUACCCAACGUGUACCUCUUUAUCGUGACCACGAAUCAUGUCCUCUGCUAUCAAGCGUCCGGAAAGGGUAGCGGGGGUACCCCCGCGGUCGUCGACGAGAUCGGCGCGGGGCUCGGCUGCGCAAUCAUGGACUGGAAGGCCCAGGAGAUUGUGGUCGCGAGGGAUGAAGCCAUAUACUUGGUCGGGUCCGAGAGUCGAGGAGGAUGUUACGCCUAUGAAGGCUUGAAGUCUAAGAUUCACACACAUCGCAAUUAUAUCGUGAUCGUCUCACCACCCUUCACGCCCUCCGCUUCUGCCGCGUCUGCUACGGUCCGGAAUUUCGUCGCUCGCAAUGUUGCACCUGCUGGGUCAGACAUUACGAAGGUGUCGGUGUUCGACCCUGAGAACAAGUUUGUCGCCCACACGAAUACCUUUACUGAAGGAGUCCGCGAGAUCUUCUCGGCGUGGGGCAAGCUCUACGUGCUUUCAAACAACGGCACGCUGAUAUGCUUAGAGGAGAAGCCGACGUCUACGAAGCUAGAUAUGUUGUACCGGAAGGGCUUGUACCUUUUGGCGCUCAACAUUGCUGAGACGCAGAAGUUGGACGAGUCGCAUAUCGCUGACAUCCACAAGCAGUACGGUGAUCACUUGUACAAUAAAGGCGAUUACGACGGUGCGAUGGCGCAGUACAUUCAGACUCUCCGCUAUGUCCAGCCAAGCUACGUCAUCCGCAAGUUCCUGGACGCGCAACGAAUACACAACCUCGUAACGUACCUGCAAGAGCUUCAUUCGCUAGGUCUGGCCAACUCCGACCACACGACUCUCCUUCUGAACACAUACACUAAGCUGAAGGAUGUGACGCGGCUCGACAGCUUUAUCAAGCGUGAGUCGUUGCGUACAUCCGCAGACGGCGAGAAGGAUGAGCUGCCAUUCGACCUCGACACUGCGAUCCGGGUAUGUCGGCAGGCGGGGUACUUCGAGCAUGCAUCGUACCUGGCGAAGAAGUAUGAGCGACACGAAGACUACCUCCGGAUACAGAUUGAAGACGCAGGCAACUACAAAGACGCGCUGACAUACCUCAGGAGAUUGGGCGCCGAAGCUGCGGAGAGCAACCUUGCAAGAUAUGGCCGUGCGAUGCUCGACAACCUCCCUGAAGAGACGACAGACCUUCUUAUUGACAUUUGCACCAGUCUCUCGCCAUUGACGGUGGAUACCGACGGACCAGAGGCAUCACCAACAGGGCAGCGAGACCGCGGACCAUCUUACCUGUCGUACCUCGCCCUCAACCGAGCCUCAGUCGUCAGCAUCCCUUCUCCAUCCGACAAUGCGCCCCAAUCCAUACAAUCUAAUGCGGUAAAGCAAUCCGAAUCAGCUCGCCGCGACUCUGUCCAUGAUGCCUCACGACAGAGCGACUCGCCGCCUGGUACACCAACUACCGCUACGGCCGCAAAGCCUCGGGCUACCACCGUCAAGCGCCCUUCUCCCCGCUUAUACUUUGCCCACUUUGUCGACCACACCAAUCACUUCGUCCGAUUCCUCGAGUCCGUUGCGCGCAAGCGGUGGGGGCAGGUCGCGGAGAACACCGAACCUAUUCCUUUCGAAGUCGACCCGAACGCAGACGAGGAGACUGAGAAGCGCGACCAGGUUGCCGUGUGGAACACCCUCUUCGAGUUGUACCUGUCCCAACCAGGCGCACAUGUAGACGCUGCAGCAGAUGCGAAGGCUCUCGCACUUCUUGAGAACACAAGCCUGCCAUACGAUCCUACGCACGCGCUCAUCCUCUGCUCGACCCGGAGCUUCACGCCAGGUCUCGUGCUUCUCUGGGAACGAAUGGGUAUGCACGAGGAUGUGAUCCGCUUCUUCAUGGACCGUCACCAAGAAGGCGACGCGGACGCGAGCACGGAGGUUUUCCGCCGUUUGAAGCAGUAUGGCCCUGGUCGGGAGCGCCUCUACCCGUUAGUGCUGCGCUUCUUGACAAGCACGCCGGCGCUGCUCGCCAAACACCGCGACGACGUCGUGGACGUGUUGAAGGUGAUUGACGAGGAGAAGAUCAUGCCACCCGUCAGCGUCGUGCAGGUGCUGAGCAGGAACGACGUCGCGAGUGUCGGGCUUGUGAAGGAGUGGCUCAUGACGCGGAUUAAGAGUGCGCGUGAGGAAGUAGAGACAGAUCAACAGCUCAUCCUGUCAUACCGAAUGGAGACACAAGCGAAGCUGCGCCAGGUCGAGGAGCUCGCGGACCCUGACCGACCGAAGGUCUUCCAUGUCACUCAAUGCGCCGCUUGCCAAGGCGGGCUCGAUCUUCCGGCCGUCCAUUUCAUGUGCGGCCACAGCUACCACCAACGGUGCCUGGCGGAGAACGAGACAGAGUGCCCGAACUGCGCGCGGGAACACGGCAUGAUCAGGGAAAUCCGAAGGAACAAUGAGCGUUUGGCAGACCAACACGACCUGUUCCUCUCGGAGGUGCGUGAGGGCGGAUUCAACGCGCUCGCGGCUGGCUUCAGUCGAGGGACGCUGAACAUGUCGAGAGCCGAGGACGUUGCUGUGUAGAGCUUGUUCUUUGCUAAACAUAGCUGUUAUCUAAUGCUGCUUUCAUC